AUGCGACUGCUCGACGACGACGACGCACGGCCGCUCUUUUUCAAGACGGCGUCCAUCAAGAAGCGUAAGCUCGCCCAAGACCCUCCCGACGAAAACUCGUCCCAUCUGCCGGCGCCGCUCAGCACCUCUGCAUCGCCGCCCUCUUCUCCCCACCCGCCGUCCGUGGGAAGCCGCUCCUCCGCCUCACCGCCGCGCUACAUACCGCCACACCUGCACGACGAGGUUUUUGAGUCGUCACCAGACGACAGCACCAACACCGCCGGGAGCUCGCCCACCGACGCCUACGCCGGCCUGACCCUGUCAACCGCUGGGGACCGCCGCAGCUCAUCCGAAGACACGCCCUCCAAGACGUCAUCCACGCAGCCCGCGACCCUCCUCCGCUCCGAGCCCCGUGCCGUCUCGCCCGCAAAGCGCUCCGCCUCCGAGAUGACGGGCGAGGACGAUAACAAAGACCACAUGGACAUGGACGACGGCGCUGUGAGGGACUCGUCGGUGGACAUGCUCCGAGACGAGCGGACAACUGUCGAGGCCAACGGGAAUGCUUCGAGCUCCGACACGACGACGGCAACCUCGAACAAUGAGUCCAACACAGUCAGCACCUCGGCCACGAGUGAGGCCGGCCCCUCACCCUCGACCUCGGCGCAAAAGCCUGCCAACGACGUGCCUGCCAUCGACGAUCAGGUUUCGCAGAUCAUGGCCAUAAACGCCAAGGAGCUUGUAGAGGGUCAGAAGGGUUAUGUUGUCUCAAUGUGGUGGUUAUCAAGAGUUUUGUCAAGGGUUUCGGACAGCAAGCAAUUCGGAUCGUUUGACAAGUCGCGGUCUGAAGGGGAUAUUGGCCCAAUCAAUAAUACAGAGAUUUAUGACGAAGAUUACCUUGCCGAUGAGAACGGUGAUAUCGCUGAUGAAAAUGGCCUUCCGUUUAUUCCUAUCAAGCCCAACCUUACUUAUGGCGAUGACUUCGAGAUAUUUCCUGAGGAGGCCUGGAGGCUGAUGGUGCAAUGGUAUGGUGUCAAGCAAGGCAAUCCGCCCAUUGAGCGCUAUGUACGCGAUACUGCGCCUCCUGAAUCACCUACCAAGAACCUGCAGUACGAAGUUUAUCCUCCUUUCUUUACGAUCCGCAAGCUGCGAAACGGCUCUGAGCCCAUGUCUCAUCAACAACUGAAGGAGAACCAGUCGAAAGCGAUCAGACUGCUCUCUAGCCGCACGGAAAAGUUCCAAAAAUUCCUCAAGAGAGCUAAAUCGGAAGCCAGUAUUCCUCUAACUACAAAGGUGCAGGUGUGGAGGAUACUUGAGCCCAUUCAGGCCGACACGGCUGCUCCGCAGGAGAGUAAGCAGACAGAUGUUCUCACACCGGCUACGUCGAGGAGCGGUUCGCCUGCAAGGUCAUCCUCUGUGUCACUCGUGAUCGACAUGGCUACUUUUACUUCCAUGACCGAGGGCGUCCAACGGGAGAUGAUCGAUGCCAAGGAUGAGACAAACAACCCAAAGUACAACGGUAGCGCCAAGAUGGAGAUCGUUGGCCUUAACUCGAGCCAGGUAUUGAUUUUGGAGGAGCAGAUUGGCGGUCCUGGCGGAGGGGAGUUUGUCUCUGCAAACGCCCGAGGGAAGCUGAUCAAGCAUGGGGCCUCGGCCAGUGAGGGCAAAAACGUCGAUCAGAAGAAAGCGUUGGACAGUGGACGUAGCAGCCCUGUUCCUGGUCCAAUGACGAGAGGUCGGGCAAGGAAUGGAAGAACUCGAGGAACUACCGGUCUUUCAAACCUUGGAAACACUUGCUACAUGAAUUCAGCCUUGCAGUGCAUUCGCAGUGUUGAGGAGCUGACCAUGUACUUCAUGCAACAAAAGUUCAAAGAAGAGUUGAACCCGGACAACCCGCUUGGUUACGGUGGUUCCAUUGCAAAAUCCUACGCUGGUUUAUUGGCGGCGCUUUACGAUGAGGCCGCCCCUUCAUCAUUCUCUCCAAAGAACUUUAAGUAUGCUCUGGGAAGGGCACAGCCAAUGUUUUCAGGUUACGGCCAGCAAGAUUCCCAGGAGUUCCUUAGCUUCUUAGUUGAUGGUCUUCAUGAGGAUCUGAACAGGAUUCAAAAGAAGCCUUACAUUGAAAACCCGGAUUCCGAGGAUAAUACGCACAAGGACCCUGAAGCCAUCAAGGCAUUGGGCGAGAAGUACAGGGAGAACCACCGCGCCCGUAACGACUCGGUGGCCGUCGACCUCUUCAACGGAUUCUACAAGAACACCAUGGUCUGCCCCGAGUGCGAUAAGGUCAGCAUUACGUUCGACCCGUACUCGUCGCUUACCUUGCAGCUCCCUAUUGAAAAGAACUGGCAACAUACCUUCAACUUCGUGCCCUUGCGCGGAAAACCCAUCCAAAUUGUUGUUGACAUUGAGCAAAACAAGCCGUUCAGCGCGGUCAAGGAGUUUAUCGCGGCACGUGUGCCAGACCUCGACCCGAAGCUAUCCGUUUGCGUGGAAGUUUACAACAACAAGUUCUACAAGGUCUUCGAUGACAAGAAAGCGAUAUCGGAACAGAACAUCAGUGACCGGGAUGAUCUCUUCUGCUACGAAUUGGACCUGAUCCCCACCAACUGGCCGUCGCCUAAGAAGACCAACAAGGCUCGUUCAAUGUUUGGCAACGCGUCUGAUGAUGAAGAUCUCACGGACGGCGAUUCUCCUUUGGCGGAUCGCAUUAUGGUGCCCGUGCUUCAUCGCGCACAACAUGGAUACAACAAGGGGAUGAAAUUGUGGCCUUUCUACAUUGUGUUGACGCGUGAGGAAGCCAGGAACUUCGAUGAAAUCCACCGGAAGGUAAUUACCAGGGUCGCUACUAUGACAACGAGGGAUAUUCUUUCGGAGGACAGCUUGAACUCUCGCAUUUUUGAUUCCAAGAACGGUUCGGACACCGUCAUCACCACGGAGGAGGACGCUUCAUCCACGACCGAUGGACGGGUACAAGCGAACUCUGUUGAGGGUGAUGAAAGCAUUGUGGACGUUACGAUGACAGAGUCGAGCGAUGCAGACAAGACCACCGCUGCUGACGAUAACGCUGAUGACACCGUUGAUGACGACGUUACCAUGCAAGAACAGAGCUCCGUACCAGAAGUUCUAAAAUACGGCAGCUACAUUCCUCCCGAACUUCAGAGGCUAUUCACCAUGAAGUAUUACAAGGCUGGCAACGAGCUGCUUCCCACCGGUUGGACUGGCCUGGACAACACCCGAGAACUCCCAACCAUCGCCUCUCGUAUGCCUGUUUCGCAGAGCCGCCGGUCCUCAUUCCAAUCGAAUGCUAGCCAUGGUAGCCGCGGAAGCCGCGCGAGCCAUCGCUCUGAUACGCCAGAGAGCGAGGAGGGCGAGGACACACCACAGUUCUCCAACAACUCCAUGGACUUUUCGGAGGUUCAGAGCGAGGAUGAACUGGCACCUAUGACCACGAACAAAUUCGCCAACCGCCAGAAGUUCAACAAGAACCGCGACCGGAAGACGAAGGGCAGGAACAAGAAGAUGACAACAUACUCGCGCAAGGGUGCACAAAAGCGUGAGCGUCAUGCGGAAAGAGCUACUUCUGAGCCCGUCUCAGAGCCCGAUGGCAACCCUGCCCUGAUCCGUUUGGGUGAGUUGAUGGUCUUGGACUGGGACACUGACAGCUUCGAUGCUCUCUUUGGUGGCCGCGAGUCGGAUAAGAACGACAUGCGUGGUGUCGACUCUAUGAGGGUUAUGGAGACCCUUGAAGACCCCGAGCUCGACGAGAAGAAGAGGCGGCGGGCUGCCAAGAAGAAGUCCGGUAUUACGCUUGAGGACUGCUUUGCUGAGACGGCGAAGACUGAGGUCUUGUCUGAGGAAAACGCUUGGUACUGCAACCGCUGCAAAGAGCUUCGUCGUGCUAGCAAGACGCUCGAGAUCUGGACUGCUCCAGAUAUCCUUGUUAUCCACCUGAAGCGCUUUGGUGCCAACCGUGGUUUCAGAGACAAGAUUGACAUUCUCAUUGAUUUCCCCAUUGAGGGUCUCGACAUCAGCGACCGCGUCGGACUCAAGGAGGACAAGUCGCUGGUCUAUGACCUGUUCGCUGUGGACAACCAUUUCGGCGGUCUCGGCGGUGGACACUACACUGCUGUGGCACAAAACUUCUACGACAAGAAGUGGUACGACUACAACGAUUCCAUGGUCAACCAAAAGUCGCCUCAGGGUGUGGUCAGCAGCAGUGCGUAUCUGCUCUUCUACCGCCGGCGACAACCCGAGCCCUUAGGUCCAGCAUACCUGCAACAGAUAGUGCGCGAGGCCUACGCGGCGCCCGACCCGAAUGCGGUGUCGGGAAACGGUCAGCGUCUCGGCUCAGCCUCCCCGACUGGGUCUUCGAGCGGCUUGGGCGCAGCCCCGCACGGGGCUGGUUCGGCACCCGGGACGAUGACGACGACGACGGAGAUGACGGGGACUUCGUAUGAGAACGAGGAGGCGCCGCCGCCGUACGGGGCAGACGAGGAGGACGAGGGCGUCAGCAUGCCGGGGCUCAGCGGGCUGCUGGCCGAGGACUCGGCGCCGCAGUGGAGCUUUGAGCACUUGGAGCAGAAGCCGAGCCGGCGCGCCGGCAGCGACACGGACGUCGAGUCGGGCGUCGAUGCGGCGAGCGGGGUUGCGGCAGGCCUGGACGGCAGCGACGCGGGCAGCAUGGCGGACCAGCAACGCCGCCUUGAGGCGGACUUCGCUUCCGAUGUGGACCCCGACCCUUACCAGAGCGGCAACGGUAACGUCACGCCCGCUGACUCGGAGGGCGUCGUCAACCUGAACGUGCAUCCGGGCGUGCCGGAGCUGGCGGGCACAGAGGAGGACGACGGGCCGGUGGCGGAGGUGCGCGUGGAUGAGGAUGAAGGUGCCGCGGCGGUGGCGACGGCGACGGCGACGACGACAGCGCCGGCGUCGGCAACGGCAACGGCGGCAGACAAUAGCACUAGCGCCGAUGGUAACGACAAUGAUAAGACGGCGAAGACGGAGUAG